AUGAUCUAUGGAUUAGUGAUGUUCCCGAAUAUUCCAAACUUUAUCGAUCUUACAGCCAUCUGUCUCUUCAUGGAUCAAAAUCCUGUGCCCACUCUGUUGGCCGACACUUAUUAUGCCAUCCAUUCUAGGUAUGGGAAGAAAGGAUCAGUUGGGGGCUACAUUGAGCAAGUUAUAACCAGAUGUGGAAGUUUUGACAACGUUCCUCUCAUAGGAACAAAAGGAGUUAUCAAUUAUAAUCCGAGGCUCGCACUGCGCCAGUUGGUUUUUGCAUUGAAGGACAAGCCCUUGGAUAAAGAGAUAUUCGAGUCUGUUUGCUUUGAGAAAGGAACCGAUCCAAAAGGUUUGGAGAAGGCAAGAAGCGCGUGGAACAACAUUCAUACAGAUGACCGAACUACCUUGGGGGGGAUGAAUGCUAUUUCUAAGCAAGCUUAUACUGAAUGGGUUAAAGAGAGAGUUAAGGAACGCCUGUUGCCCUUCCCGAAGGUUAGUCCUCUAUAUGAACAACCACCUGAGAUUUUAACUGCCACUGUACCAGCUGAAGAGUACAACCAAGUGCAUGUGGAAAAUAUCAGGUUGCGAGAAAAAAGGGAAGACGCUAAGAUAAAGUACUUCUUGGUGGAUCAGAGAAGGGCUGAAUUAGCAUAUGAGGUUAAAAUGCUGAAAGGUGGAUCUUCCAGAGUUCAAAAAAGGGCUAGAGCUGAAAGGGGUGAAAGAGCUACCACCGUUCGUGUUGAGGAUCAUCAAAGGGUUAUAGAAGAAGCUGUAAAAGAAGCGGAAUAA